UAAUACCACUUUUUGUGUGGUUUCCCAUCCCAUAACAUGUCCACAUCGACAGCCAAGCAUCAUGACACAUAGAAGCAUAUUUAUAGUGGGCUCUCCCGUAAGUUUCAUUGCCUGACCCUGAAGCUGGGUAGCUCCUGCUCCUAUCCCGGCUGCUGGCGCGCCGUGGUUUUGUGCUCUUGUGGACACACUGGCCUCCACCCAUCCCUCUCACGUCUCUGGCCAUCCGCAGCCAAGGCGCGCGGCCCAUCGUCGAUUUAUAGCCACACCAUGGCCAGGAAGUGCUCCCACUGUGGCAACUACGGCCACAACUCCAGGACCUGCGGACUAGGACUAGGACUAGGACACAGAGAAAUAAUGCUCUGCGAAGGUGGCGACGACAAUAAUGGCCGCAGCGGCCUAAGGCUCUUCGGAGUGCAGGUCCGUAUCGGCGGCGGCGGUGGCGCAGGGUCGGCGUCCAUGAAGAAGAGCUACAGCAUGGACUGCCUGCAGCUCGCGGCUCCUCAUGCUUGUUCGUCCCUCGUCUCGUCCCCGUCGUCGUCGUCGUUGUGCUCGUCCUCGUCCCCGUCGUCGCUGCUGCUGUCGAUUGAUGAUGGGUUGCAGAGAGGGGCGGCCGAUGGAUACCUGUCUGAUGGACCUCAUGGCAGAGCUGUGCAGGAGAGGAAGAAAGCUGAUGUUUCUAAACAAAAACAAUACUCUGGAUAUAUACCGACGACGCCAGGAGUUCCAUGGAGCGAGGAGGAGCACAGGCAGUUCCUUGCCGGCCUGGACAAGCUGGGCAAGGGCGACUGGCGAGGCAUCGCCAGGAGCUACGUGCCGACGAGGACCCCGACGCAGGUCGCCAGCCACGCGCAGAAGUUCUUCCUCCGGCAGAGCAGCAUGGGGAAGAAGAAGCGCCGGUCCAGCCUCUUCGACAUGCGGCAGGUGCCGAUCUGCGAGAACAGUGCGAGCAUCUCCGAUCCGCUGGACGUGGCACGCCAUGGCGUCGCCUCGGCAGACUCCGAGAGGGCGGCCGUGGACGUGGACCUGAUGAAUUCGACGACGGAGGGUGACGACGGCAGGAGCAGGGACGUCGUGUCGUCGGCGUCAGGUGCAGGGACCGCACUGCGGUUCCCGGCAGCGGCAGCUCAGACGGAGCCGCUGCAUCCUUCGUCAUCGCAUGGCCAUGGGCGCGGCCACCACUGCUCUCCGUUGGACCUGGAGCUGGGCAUGUCCCUGCCCGCCCCAUCCGUCGGAACGUGAUGGAGAUGAGGCGAGGCCGAGGCCGUGCGUGACUGCUGUCUCCCUCAGCUGUGUGUGUCAGCCAGAUGGAGAUGAUGCGCUAGCCAAUACAGUACUGUUCGUGAUCGUGAAAACGGUGUGCAAACACUAGCACAGCGGCACUAAACUAGGAUGUCGCUCCUCGCACCAUAUUGUGUACUGUAACCACGUUGAUCCACAUCAUCUCUAUCUCUUCACCACCGUUGGAUCAUAGGCUGUCAGUUUCAUCUAUCCGUCCAUGUGUCAUACUCAUUCACGAUGCGGUGGCUUAAUGAUCCAGCAGUAAUUUUUCUUCUUUCGUGACUUAAGGGUA